AUGUCGUCAACUGCAACUACAGUAAAUCCAACUACAAUUGGCCUGGAGCUGGAAUUCCUGGUGGUCAACAAACCAGGGACACCCACUAAUGAAGCAGCCUCGUCCGAAGACGAUCGCUGGCCACCUGUGCCGAAUCCCAAAGCACAUUCUGAUUAUUACCACGUGGAACCCCUGUUGGAGAUUUGCAAGCUUCUAGAAGAUCAAGGUCGCCAGGUCGCAUGCAUACUCGACAAUACAAAGGGCCAAAAUCCAUUGAUAACAACUCAAGACAGCAGCAUUCUUCUGCGCGAAAGCAAGACAGAUGGCUGGUUUCAUCUCCAUCGCCUCUCUGUCGCUAAGGAUAAAGACAUUGGAAGGCUUAGGGAAAAAACAGACUACCGAGUUUGGAAUACAAAAUUUGACGAAAGCCCUAAGAAGCUACCGUUGCGUUUCGCCAUUUCGAAUUUCGAGUUGGAGCGUACCAUUGAAAGUACGCUAGAUUACCCUGUCCUGGAAAUGAUAUCACCGAUCAUCUCUGAACCGACACAAGAAAAGGACAUCUUGGAUUUGGUGGAGACACUGAGAAAAAAGUUCAAAAUAUCAAUCAACCCCAAUUGCGGCUUGCACAUCCAUGUCGGUUAUCACUCAAAUCUGCCACAGGAUUCCGAGGAUUCCGAGCCUUCUGAGGCUUCCGGGGUUUCUGAUGAUUUGGAGGAUUCUGAGGAUUCGGAGGAUUCUGAGGAUUUCAAGGCUCCCAAGACUUCCAAGGCUCCCAAGGCUCCCAAGGCUCCCAAGGCUCCCAAGGCUCCCAAGCCUUCCAAGGCUUUAAUCAGAGCUAAAAAGGUAGCUGCGAUAGUAUUCUUGCUCGAAAAGACUUUGAUCCGUGAGCUUUGUCAUCCAGAUCGACGAUCGGCGCUGCAGCUGAAGCUUAUUGGUGAUGAGUCGGCAUUAGCCGAAGCGGCCAAAAAAACGCCGGGUCGCGUUGUUCGUCAUCCGAAAUUCAACAAUUUGGUAGAAAAUAUCUCUCAAUUUCGAAACCAGUCAAAGAACAGAUGCCCCGAGGAAGCUUCCGUCUUUAGAUUCUUGGAAGUUCUAUUUUCAUAUCCGAUGAUGGAAAAUAAGGAAGGUCGACAUUUCAAGAAGAAUCUGCAAACCGAAAAAGGGGAGAGAACCAGUCUUGCAUUUCGCAGGGAUAUCAAAACUAUAGAGUUUCGACACUUCGAGUGUACUUUCGACACCAACAUGAUCAAAUUCUGGAUUGAGUUUGUGCGGCAGAUAUUGUCUAUUUGCAGCAAAUCAGAACUAGAAUUUGAGGCCGAUUUCAAAGAUUUGUACGAAAUGGCGACCAGGCAAGAGCAAAAGCCGAGCUGGGAGGAUUGGUUGGAAAAGCUUGGUCUUUCUCAAUACAGGGAAACCUGUGCUAGCUACAUUGAAAGGUGCAAGGAGUCGCCUCUUGGUGAGUCUAUCAUACUGCCCGAGUCCUUUGAUUUGUAA